AUGGAGCUGCGGGAAGUGCCCACGGAGCUCCUCAACCGCUCGGGCACCGGCGAGUUCAACCUCUCCGCGCCGCCCGAGGCGGAGGGCAAGCCCCUCUUUGGCAUCGGCAUCGAAAACUUCAUCACUUUGAUUGUCUUUGGCUUGAUAUUCGCCCUCGGGGUGCUGGGCAACUCGCUGGUGAUCACGGUGCUGGCACGGAGCAAGCCGGGCAAGCCUCGCAGCACCACCAACAUCUUCAUCCUCAACCUGAGCAUCGCCGACCUGGCCUACCUGCUCUUCUGCAUCCCCUUCCAGUCCACGGUCUACGUACUGCCCACCUGGGUGCUGGGUGCCUUCAUCUGCAAGUUCAUCCACUACUUCUUCACCGUGUCCAUGCUAGUGAGCAUCUUCACGCUCUCCGCCAUGUCCGUGGACCGCUACGUGGCCAUUGUGCACUCGCGGCGCUCCUCGGCCUUGCGCGUCUCCCGCAACGCGCUGCUCGGCGUGGGGCUCAUCUGGGCGCUCUCCUUCGCCAUGGCCUCGCCCGUGGCGCACCACCAGCGCCUCUUCCACCGCGAUGCCAGCAACCAGACCUUCUGCUGGGACCAGUGGCCCAACCCGCGCCACAAGAAGGUCUACGUGGUUUGCACCUUUGUCUUCGGCUACCUGCUCCCGCUGCUGCUCAUCUCCUUCUGCUACGCCAAGGUUCUUAAUCAUCUGCAUAAAAAGUUGAGAAACAUGUCAAAGAAGUCAGAAGCAUCCAAGAAAAAGACAGCACAGACUGUGUUGGUGGUGGUAGUGGUUUUUGGCAUAUCCUGGCUGCCACAUCAUGUCAUUCAUCUCUGGGCUGAAUUUGGAGUAUUCCCACUGACUCAGGCCUCAUUCCUCUUCAGAGUAACUGCACACUGCCUGGCUUACAGCAAUUCUUCCGUGAACCCGAUUAUAUAUGCGUUCCUCUCCGAAAAUUUUAGGAAGGCUUAUAAACAAGUCUUCAAAUGCCAGAUAGGUAAUGAGUCACCUCUGAAUGACGCUAAGGAAAAUAAAAGUCGGAUAGACACACCACCGUCUACCAACUGUACACAUGUGUGAACUUUAAAAAGUGCUKUACGUGGUGUUUUCUUCUGUGUGAACUAGACUUCUAGGAAACAAAGCACAAUGAGCAUUAUCUUCAGCUUUACCUUGAUGAUUGGUGUUUAAUAUUGAAAUUGUGUUUGUAGCAAAUGCUUGUAAAACUARUAUGAAAGGUAACUGGGUUGACCCUUUGUAUCUUAGAUGUCUUUAUGAAGUUAAGCUCUUGGAAAGAUAUUUCCAAGAAAAUGCUGGUGAUACAUCUGUAUUCGUUAAGCAUAAGUGAAAAAACACUCAAAUACAAUGCACACCAUUUGUGUCUAUGAAGAAAGAUGCAGUAAUAUGGACAAGUAGUUGUCCAGUUCUGAACUGAAUUUUCUGAUAUAUUAUUCCAUAAGAGUAUAGAGAUAGCUAAAUCUUCUGUCUUAAAGGUAACAAAUAUUGUGUAGUGCUGUGAUUUCAGGGAGAAUGUCAGGUAUCAAAUCAAAUGUAAAACUUUUGUUCUCUCC